AUGACCGUAUCAAUACCAGAAGAAGAUGAGAUUCCCUUGAACGACGUCGACGGAGAUGGUGUAUCAAAAGUGCUUUCACUUGUUCAUAGUAAUGAUGACCUGUUGUCUGUGUUCUCGGACGAAGAUGCUUUACUUUCCCUUGCGCCCAAUGCCAUUGAAGUCAGCAGCUAUGGUGGCAGUCAAAGAAGUGACAGGCAUACCGGUACCAUUGACAUAUCCGAUCAGUCCAUCAAGUCGUCAGAGCUGAGAGAGCAAACAAGCAAAAUCAGAUUUGAUGGCGAUGUAUCGUCAAAACAUUUCGCUAUAAAGCUUGAUUUUGAUUCGAUUGGGUUGGUCGGCAGACAGAAUCAAAUAUCGACGUUGAUAUCCUGCUUUGAUCGACUCUGUAAAGACAAGGCCUCAAACUCGCCAAACGACGACCGCAACCAAAAGGAAAUGGUGUUUGUUUCGGGGGAAAGUGGAUGUGGAAAAACAAGAACUGUGAAGACACUUGAAAGUCGCAUGCUGGAGACCAAGACUGGUCUAUUUGUCGAGGGAAAGUUUGAUUUGAACACAGUCGACGAACCAUAUUCGGGUAUUGCCAAAGCAAUCGCUGCGAUCUGCGAGAAGAUCCUUAAUGGUGAUAAAAGUCAUGCGAAGGAUAUUCGGGACAAGAUAUCGAAUGCACUACAUGACGAGGAAGUUCAACUGCUAGUCCACCUCGUACCGGCUCUGUCCGAUAUUAUUUCAGCUGAUGCAAUAGGGGCCACUGUCGGCGUAGACAUUGACGAUUUAGAAAGCGGCAUAGAGAGGCUAAAACGCACUUUUCGGCUGUUGCUUCGCACUUUCUGUGAACAUUUUGCCCCGAUGGUUCUUUUUCUUGACGAUUUGCAAUGGGCGGAUGUUUCAUCGAUACAAAUGAUCGAUUACCUGAUAUCCGAUACUGAAAAUGAAAACUCCCUAAUGAUCAUCGGAUCGUACAGGUCCGAUGAAGUUGACGAAAACAGUUUAUUGCACAACAAGAUCCUUGCAUUGCGAGAUAAGAGUGUAACGUAUAACUUCCAUGUAACGGAAGUGGACAUUCCUUUGUUUGAUAUCGAUGAUAUAAUGACAACGAUCAAGUCCGUGUUUUUAUCGGUAAAAGAGGACGACAGCAGAGCACUGGGGGGACUGUGUCUGAAGCGAACGUUGGGGAAUCCAUACUUCGUCUUGGAGUUCUUGAAGACGUUAUAUCAUGAGGGACUGGUUAGUUACAACACUGUCACUAACAUGUGGACUUGGAACCUUACCAAUAUUGAAGAUGCAGCCAUGUCGACGGCGAACGUUGUAGUAUUGCUCCAGGAUCGAAUGAAACGGUUGUCGAAGUAUGCACAAAUGUUCCUAAGGUGCGCUGCAUAUCUAGGAUCAACCUUCAGGAAUACCACGCUAGAACUUAUUUGGAAGAGUCACAAUAUGCCAAUGACAGUAGCUGAUAAGCCCGUUUUGCCGUUGCUGAUGGGAAUGGCAGUGAAAGAUAGUUUCAUUGAAGAAUGCGGAUCUGACAAGUAUAGAUGGGUGCACGACAAAGUGCAAGAAGCAGCUUUUUCUCUUAUCCUAGAUGUCAAGGUGUCCCAGUUUGACAUUGGACGGAUUUUGUUCUAUUAUCUAGAGCCCAGUCAGCUGGAGCAAGAUCUGUUCGCUGUGGUUGAUUUGAUCAAUAAUGGGAACAAAGAGAAAAGUUCAGAGUUUGCGCAUGCGAACUUGCAAGCUGCCGAGAAGGCGUUGGGUCUUUCAGCCUUUUCAGCUGCGGCCAAAUAUGCAACGCAUGGGAUCGAUCAACUCAACGACAACCGAUGGUCACAAAAUCGUCCAAUGACACUCAGGCUUUACACGAUUGGCGCGGAAAUGGAACGCCUGUUGGGGAAUGUGACAGCCGCUGAGCGCUAUCGCUGUGAAGUUCUUAGCCGGACGGACCUGGACAUCAUGGAAUCUCUUCCUUUGAAACUGGCAACAGCUAGUAAUUUGUCAUCGGUCGAGCUAAAGUUUGAUGAAGCUGUCGCCUAUUGCUUGGACGUGCUGAAAGAGUUGGGAUGCAGAGUGUUCAUUUCACGAAAGAUUUUGAAAGCACAAGCUGUCAUGUCUUUGUUUCGAACGAUACGGCGGGUGAAGAAAUUACCUAGUGAUCAUUUUGACCAUGCCAAGAUGAUGGAAAACGAGAGACAACUGGGCAUUGCGAAAUUAAUAACAAGGGCUGGAGUCUCGGCUUAUCUCUCUGGCGAUAUCAUGAUAUCCGUGAUAUGUGCCUGCAAGCUAGUUGAAGGCUCUCUUCAACAUGGUCUCAAUGAGGCCUCUGCAUCAAGUCUUUCAGGCCUAGCAACCAUGACUAUUAUUGUGCUGCAGGACUUCAAAACAGCCACCAAAUUCAACGAAAUGGCCCUCAGUCUACUGAAGAAACACCGUCAAAUGCACAAUGGCGAGACUUUGUUGAAUGCGUACACACAUGGUCACGUAUGGGUUAAGCCAGUGGAUUCUUGUCUUCCUGCUAUUUGGGAUGGGUACCGAUGUUCGAUUCGAUCUGGUGACAGUGAGUUUGCAAGUUGGAAUCUCUCCUUACACCAGAUUCUCCUACCAUUCUAUUUUGGCAAACCCCUACCCCAAAUCCUUGCCAGAUGCCCAUCUGUGAUGCGUCAAUUCGAAGACGGAGCUCAAUCGCAACAAAUACUGAUUCACAAGGUCAUAUGGCAAACAAUGGCAAAUCUACAUGACUCUUCAUGCCGAGAACCAUGGAAAUUGGAGGGAGAAAUCUUCCAUGAAAACGACGAUAUUGAAAAAGAUAACAUUCACGCUGGAACGGUGCUUCUAGCUCAAGGCGAACUACUUCUAUUUCAUGGCGACUGCCGUACCGCAGCUGACAUGGCACUGGAGAAUGGGGAUGCAUAUCAAAAGCUGGUACCAGCAAACUUUGCCAACAUGUUCGAAGCGUUUCAUCGAGCGCUUGCAUCAUAUGCAAUGGCUCUUCGAACAAGGAAGAAGAAAUACAAGAAAGAGGCGAAACGGGUACGACGGAUGCUGACAAAGUGGGUAUUGGCAAUAGAAAAUCCGGAGUUCAACUACUUCAAAACUGUGCUCGACGCGGAACAGUUUGCGGUGGAGAAGAAACACGACAAAGCAGAAAAGCAUUACGAUGAAGCAAUCAAAUCAGCAACAAUCCGGGGCCACCUACACUAUACAGCUUUGUUUCAUGAGCGCUACUCCGAGUAUCUCUUGGUUGAGCUUUCAAAUCUGGGGAAAUCCAACGAGGAACUAAGGAAAGCCAUAGACUGCUACAAAGCAUGGGGUGCGGAUGGCAAAGUCAAAGCACUGGAAUCCAAAUUGGCUCUUCGAGACGGGCAAUAG